AUGGCCGACCAGGUUACGGAGCGUAAGGCUGCAGUGAGCAACACAGCUCUCCACCACGACGCGGAUACCCACUAUCGUGGCGGCAAGUCGCGGAAGGGCGGCCUCUCGCGCGACGAGCAGCGCAAGAAGAAGGCCAUGAUUCACCGCUCCGCCAAUCGGUUUGUGUCCGAAAAGGAAAAGGCGGCCGCCAAGCGGAAGCGCGCCACCAUCAUCUCGUACACUCGCUCGCUGGAGAAGGAUGCGCGCGCCGACAAGCGCCGCAAGAACGACCCCGUCGCCGCCAAGUCGCGCUCGUUCUACGACGCGUACUUUAACGGCGAGAUCGACGACGAUGACGGCGCCGGCGCUGGUCCCAGCCGCGGCAAGACGGCCGGAAAGUCGAACAACAGCGGCGCCAGUGCUGACAACACGGCCGCCGACGACGACAAGGCCCUUCGGAAGCGGCUGCGCGAGCUGCGCGAGAAGCGUGCCGCGCGCGCCGAAGAGUACAAGCGCCGCAAGGCGCCCGGUACCCGCCGCCGCACCGAUCCGUACCGGAAGGCCCGACUCGAGUACGAGGCGAAGCUCCAGGAGGAGAAGAUAGCCAAGGACGCCGCUCUGGCUGCGGCCAAGGUUCGUGCCGAAGCCCGCACUGCCGCCCUUGCCAAGCGCUCUGCACGCGCCAAGCGCUUCCGCCGCACUACCAAGAGCGGCCAGCCCUUUGUCGCCGACAUGAUCACCGGCAUCAUGGCAAAGCUUGACCCGACCGGCAAGUACGCGCCGCCUUCCUCCUCCGCGCCCACCCGCCGCCUCCCCAACCCUGACGAUCUCUCAUCCUCAUCCUACGAGGACAGCGACGAUGACGAUGGCGAUGACGAUGACGACGACGACGAUGCCUCUGCCUCGUCGUCCUCCGCAUAG